UCACAAACUUUCAAGCACAACAUACAGUAAUAAUACAUAUUACAUACAAUCCAGAUAAUACAUAUAGAAAAUAAAUGGAAAAAAUGAUUUACACAAAAUUUCACAGAAGACACAAAUCAAUCGUUUUAAUAACUAACGUGUUAAAUCGUAAUGUGGCUAAGCUAAAGUGUGCAGCGCUGAGGUUGAGGAGCCAAGCGGCUGUCUAGCUAGCUAGUUUUGGAAAAGUUGGAGAAAAAAAAAUGUGCUGGGACGAAAUACGAGGCGUACUUUAGACUCGGACAUCUUGCUAGCCAGAAAUCAAUCUGUAGUGCUAACAUUUGUUCCCCGGGCUACCAAACUUUAGAAGUUGAACUGAGUACUCACUGACGAUGCUAAUCUGCACAUCGUGUGAGUCUGAAUUUAAGCCAACGGACACUUGGAACAAUUCACCUCGCUUAUUUAUUUCAACGAUUCCAGUUCUGUGAGUACAUUAACCAUGUCACUCAUGUUUGCCUGAUGGUCCGUCUCUCUUCUCGUCUCUCAGCAUAACCAUGACGAGCGUGUCCACUCUGCUGGGACUGGGCACCAUGCCUCUGAGUCUGUAUCUCUACUCCCACACAUGGGUGGAGGCAGGGAGGAUUGACAUCCCUUAUCUGAAUAUAGGUCUCGCGUGUAUCUGCCUGAUUGUCCCUGUGACCUGCGGCGUGCUGGUCAAUUACAAGUGGUCAAAAGUGGCACGAAUUAUUUUGAAGGUGGGGUCGAUAGUAGGAGGCUUGGUGGCAUUAGGUAUUGGUAUCGCUAGUAUUUUACUCUACAACGGCCUGUGGAACACUGACACCCCCAUCCUGGUCAUCGGUAGUGUGUUUCCUGUGAUCGGUUACUUCAUAGGGUUUGUCAUUGCCGUUAUAGUACGCCAGCCCUGGAACCGAUGCAGGACCAUCGCGAUGGAGACGGGAGCUCAGAACAUGCAGAUCUGUGGUACAGUCCUGCAGCUUUUCUUCCCUCCACAUCAGCUGUCGCAGGUCAUCACACUUCCUAUUAUGUACAGCUGUUUCCAGCUGCUGACGGGCCUACUGUUGAUCAUAGCUUAUCAGAUUUACAAGAGGAUGGCGUAUAAGAAUAAUUUUAUGACCUCAGAGGAAAACGGCCAGCCCAAAGAAAAUGGUCCUAAUGGGGAAAUCAGUGCCACCAACACUACCUACAUGAGUGACUUCAUGUAAAGCUGACAGGAACACCGGGCGACCUCGAGUAUCAGUCACGGACGAUUAAAAACAUCUCCCUGGUGGAGUGCUACAAUUCAGUGUAACUCUCUGAAUUUGUACAUGCGCUGUAUGUAAAAAUUUGUUUUUGUUUUGUUCAACUCUAACACUUGAUAAGCACUGUGAAACUAGGCUAGUUAAGCUCGGAGAAGCUAGCACUCAAGAUUAUCUACCAGCAAAAAAAAAGAUUUCAAAACAAUAGAACCCCUCACAGAAUUUGUAAUGGUUUUAUAAUGGGAAUUGCAUUGGUUUUAAUGGUCCCUGUGGGUCUCUACCAUGAAGGACCUACUGUAUAAUGGUAAAGGUUUUAAUAGUUUAUAGCUGAUAGUAUUUGUAAUGGUAUUUGUAGUGGAAACCAUUAGAAUUUCCGUGAUGGUUUCUAUUGUUGCUAGUUUCGUAUGAUAUAGAAUUGACACGUACGGCCGUCCAUUUGUUUCUUAUUCUGACAAACAAUUCGGCGAUUUAUACACACCACUUUUGUUCAAACUGU